ACUGUUUUUGUCUUCCAUCUCAAUCGCUUCAAGUACAGCAUGCGACAUUGGAAUGCCUCAAUGGCAACGCAAUUCUGGAGCAUUUUCGUGCUCGUCUGCUUUUUGGUCGGAUCUGCGCACGCCGUCCAAUACCGUGCAACAUGCUUUGCACGCGCGUUGUAUUUCACCCAAGCUUCUGGCUGCGGUGAACCAACCUGCGACCCUUACUGCACUGGUUGGGUGAAAUUCGCACCGAACGGCAACGCAAGCUGGAAUGCUGGUGAACAAGAAUCCCACAGCCCUCGUUGGAACAUUGACAUCAACUAUGGCAUUGUGAACAACUGGGCAGGGACGGUGCAAUGGUUUGUCGACUGCGAAGACAUCGAUCCUUGGCCCAAUACCAACGAUGACAUGGGAUCAAGGACGUUCAAUCCCAUCACCCUGAACGGCAAUGAAGAGCAAGGCAGCUUGACCACCAAUCCUUGGCAAGGUGUCGAUCUCGGAGGCACCAUUGGUGGCGUUUACAACAUUCCUGCAGUCUACGUCUACCAUCGCGCCAUGUGCGACCAAUACUGGUAUGGUGCUCGUUGCGGCGAGUACUGCAAAGUCAGCGAUCCGCCGGCGUGCACCGCUUGCAAUUCCCCAUCAGGCGUGUGCACUUGCUCCGUUGGUUACACGGGCAAAGACUGCGAGUCCUGCGUCGGCCCAAACUACUGGCCAGUUGGCACGCCGGGACAAGCCGGCUUCCAAUGCGUGUAUUGCAAGAACCAAAACACUGCCUUUGCGUGCUACACGUGCGGCACAGGUGGCAUCAAAAGCUGCUGUGACGGCUGGACUGGCCCGAACUGUGACAUUCCAAACCUGUGCGGCGCGUUCCCGACACCCCCUUUGAACUCGAUUGCCGUCAUGAAUGCCACUUCUUGUAACUGCAACACUACUGGAUGCAUGUGCACCUAUGCAUGCAAGUCUGGCUUUUCUGGUGGCUCUGCUACGACGACGUGUCUUUCAACCGGGCCUUGGAGCUGGAGUUCAACUUUGACCUGCACGGACAGAGACGAAUGCGCUCCGGGCGGCGGCAACCAGUGCGCUCAAAUCUGCACAAACACCAUUGGCGACUAUACCUGCUCUUGCAACUCGGGAUACAGCAUCAGCAACGCUGGCCGCGGUCCGAGCGGAUGCACAGACCUUGACGAGUGCUCGACAAACAAUGGCAACUGUGGCCAAAAUUGCAACAACGUUCCAGGAUCGUACCAUUGUUCCUGCUACGAUGGUUUCCGGUUGCAGGGCGACGGCAAAUCAUGCUCGGAGAUUGACGAAUGCCAAGAAGGCUUGGACAAUUGCGACGGGAAUGCCACCUGCACCAACACCAUUGGCAGCUUUGAGUGCGCGUGUUAUGCCGGAUUCGUGGGCAAUAGCACUGUUUGCACGGACGUCGACGAGUGCGCCACUUUGCCUUGCAGUGAGUUUGCUGACUGCGCCAACUUUCCCGGCAACUUCACUUGCACCUGCCAAAUCGGCUAUGCGGGCAACGGCGUCCAGUGCGUGUUUGGAAAUUCAGCGGCUUUUGCGGAAAGCUCGCGGUUUGUACUCCUUUCUGACGGCGCAUCGAGCGCCACCUCGCCCAUCCAGUUGCGCGUUGAAAUGGUUCCUGAAUUUGACGGUACUCUUGUCCCCUUUAACGUGUCUUCGCUGGAUCUCAUCCUCGGCGUUGAUUACACUGUGGAGACCCCAUCUCCGCUGGUCUUCAAUCUCGGCGACACAUUCAAGUCCAUUACGAUUGUGGUGAUAGGCAAUGACGACCCCGAGCCUCUUCGGAGCCUCUUUGUUCAACUGCAAGAUUCAGUCAGCGCGUUUAACAAGUCGACAAUUGCCGUGGACGCCAAUGACAAUCCAAAUGCAGUGGUACGCUUUGCCGAGGAAUCACGCGCGUUUCGGGUGGACAUUACCGCUGGCACCUACCCUCUCACGAUUGAGCGGUACUCGUAUGCAUCACUCGUGAAUGCCAUCAAUGUCACUGUGUGGUGCGAUUUCCCAGUGCCCCAAAACAUUUCGAUCGUGAUUCCCGCAAAUCAAGCCACAGCAACAAAGGUCAUUCAGCUGCCAUUCUCGUCUGUGCCUACUCUUGAUGUCGUGCACACGUAUACCAUCGUAGAUGCAACGGUAACUGGCAGUGGAUCUGCCGCAGCUAUCGGCUACUAUUCGACUUCUCGCGUGACCGUGAACGCACACGACGACCCUUAUGGUGUGUUUGGAUUCAGCUUGACUCAAAUGUCAGUGGCGGAGAGCUCUACGGGCUUUGUGCAGUUAAAGCGACUCAAGGGCACUCUGGGAACUACGGUCGUCCGCGUGCGAAGUUUGACUUUGAGCUCAAGUCAAGCCAAUGGUGUGGGAAUCGCAUCCCCAAGCGACUAUGCCGCUGUUUCCCAGCUUGUCACUUUCAGUGAAAACGAUGUCGAGGCCCAAGUCUCUAUUGCAGUGCUUGCCGAUGGUGUCCCUGAGCUUGAUGAAAUGUUUGGUCUGCUCUUGGAGUAUGUGUCUGGACCUGGCCGUGUCGAUGCGACAUUGGCGCUGGCGUUGGUCACCAUACCCGAGAACGACAAUGCGCGUGGUGUUCUCUCAAUCACGCGGGUGUCCAGUUGCUUUGAAGAGUCGCCCCUUGUUGGUGGAGUUCCUCAGCUGAACAACACGGUGGCGAUCGAAGUCAUCCGCUCUGGUGGUCUGUAUGGUGCCGUUUCAUUUACCUGGUCGAUGCACAGCGGAAGGUUCAAGAACACGACGCUGUCCGCCGACAAUCGAGCAUCAGCGCCCGGAGAUUACACGGCCUUGUCAAGUCAAACAGUGACCAUUGCUGCUGGUGUGGACCGUGCACAGAUUCAAGUGGUGCUGCUUGCCGACUCAAUCCCAGAGUUGGACGAGUACUUUUGGGUGCAGCUGGAUUCGGCAAGCUACGGCGUGACCAUUGACCCAGUCAGCAACUUUACAGACGUUUGCAUCGGCAUGAACGACAAUCCAUUCGGAUCUUUGGCGUUCGAGCGUGUCAAUCUCACGCUGAGUGCGACGGGCGAGAGCCGUCUGCUUGUUCGCGAGAGCGAUGUUGUGACUGUCGCUGUUUCGCGUGUCGGUGGCACAUUCCACCGAGUGUCGGGAGUUGUCUCCAUCGCGCAUGAAACAACCAACUCGACUGAUUUUGCUGACAGCUCCGCUCGCACUGUCACGUUUGAACCUGGACAAAGUACUGCGUUGGCAUCGUGGACAAUCAGCGCGGACAGUGGAGAGGAGCCGACCGAGCUGUUCAAGCUUGUUUUGACGGCGAACGGAGCCAGCGCUGGUCAGGAAGCAACUUUUCUUGUUGGCGCGACGUCGUUGGACUCUACCAUCCCGUGCGCUAUUGAAGCCCAGGAUGGUGUAACCGGCGUUUUGUCUUUUGUUCAACCGACAAUUUCUGUUGUCGAGGAUGCUGGCAAGGUCACUCUGACAGUGCAACGUGUCGGCGGAAGUGCCACAGAAGUCAGCUUCCAGACCAACGCAGUGCCUCUUUCUGCAUCCGGCGACGACUUUGACGCGUCAAAUCAAAACAACAUGCACAUCAUGGCACCUUCGCAGACGAGUGUCUCGUUUGACAUUGAGGUUUCAAAGGACAGUGCUCCUGAACUCGACGAGACGUUCACGGUGACGCUCGUCAACGUGACUGGUGCGACCUUGUCGUGGAUGUCAGUGGCGACUGUGACCAUUCUGAGGAAUGACGACGUCAACGGCGUGAUUGAGUUUGCUCCCUCUUCGGGACAAAAUCCACUUGUGACGACCGUCUCCGAGGACUCUGGCUUUAUUCGGCUCCCUCUGUGGCGCGAGCUUUCACAAGUCGGUGUCGUCACAUUGAGCUUUGUCGUGACAACCGACCUCUCGUCCGAUCCCGUGUGCGCGUCUCUGUCGGGUUUGGGUCUGUCCUCAGCCCCAGCAAACCUGACACGAGAUGUGGACGCGGCGCCGUUUGUGGUGACAUUUGGAGACGGUCAAAACGAGGCUGAGCUCGCGAUACUGCUGCACGACAACAGCUUGCUGGAUGGCAGUCGAGUCAUGUUCAUCUGCCUGAAGGAUCUGCAAGGAGGGGCGCGCUUUGGUGCCUCUCAAGCGAUGGCAAUUGUCAUUCAAGAUGACGAGCAUGAUACCAACGAAUCAAGCUCCGCUCCAGUAGCUGCAGCUGCUGCGGGCGCAGCAGCGGGAGGCGUUGUUGUGAUUCUGAUCGUCUUGCUGGUUAUUGGAUUGAGACGUCGUCGAGGACGUUCGAACUUCUCUGGAGCCUCCAAGGGCAAGCAGCUUUCCGGUGCAAGUGAUCCAACUUACGAGGCGGUAUCUCGUAAUCGAAUGUAUGACAACAAUUUACGAGUGCCAGAUGAUACCUACCAACCGGUACAGCAGACUGUGGUGCAAGAAGACCCCUACGAAUCACUGCCACAACCAACAGCUCCCGAUGAAUCGUUGUUCAACACCGUUAAUCCAGCUUAUGAGAAAGUCACCGAGGACAAUCCCGAUUUUGAUGCAAUGCGCGCGAGUUUCCGACCUUCGGUGCCCGUUGACAAUUAUGAAGACCUGUAUAUUGCGAGUGUCACCGCGUUCCAACAGCACCAGCGCUUCUCGAGGCAUGAGCUGAAGCUCUCAACACAGCUUGGCUCGGGCAAUUUCGGUGAGGUCUGGCUGGCGCAUGUGCCCUCCCGAUGGCUCGAAAAGAAGUCACGUCAAUCUCUUUCCGUCAGCGCAACGACUGUUGCCACUGUUGCCGUUGCCGUCAAGACUCUGAAAGCCGGUGCCAGCGACAAGAGCAAGAGUGACUUUGCCAGUGAAGCCCAGAUCAUGCGCCGCUUCAACCAUUCCAGCAUUGUUUCCGUUGUCGAAGUGUUUGUCGAGGAGGAGCCCUGGAUGCUCGUGCUCGAGUUGCUUCCGUACGGUGAUCUGCGCAAGGUCAUCCAGUCGUGCCACGCUCGUGGGUUGACACCAACUGCAGGAGAGUAUCUGCACAUGUUUUCGCAAGUGGCAAGCGGCUUGUCAUACCUUGCUGGGCUGCGCUUUGUGCAUCGCGAUAUCGCAGCACGAAACUGUCUUGUGGGAGCGGACUUGGUGGUCAAGAUCUCUGAUUUUGGCCUGUCUCGCGAGCUCGAGGAGCAGAACUACUACCGCAUGCAGACGCGAGGAGCGCUACCAGUUCGCUGGAUGGCGCCCGAGUUUUUGCUCUUCCGCAAGUCGUCGCCUGCAUCAGAUGUCUGGGCGUUUGGAGUUCUCAUGUGGGAGGUCAUGUCCGCGGGUGUGUUGCCAUACAAGGGCGUCGAUUCCAAAGCCAUCGUGCAGUUCCUCGAAAGCGGCCAGCGGCUGUCUCGUCCACCGCUUUGCAACGACAAGCUUUGGGCGUUAGUCUCAAGUUGCUGGAGUUGGGAGGUGACCGACCGUGUUGAUGCCGCACAGCUCUAUGCUGCGUUUACGCGAAUGGCAUUCGACAACCCCGAAUUGGAUUCCGUUCGCGAUCUCGGCGCGCUGCUUGCUUGAGUUGUUUUCUUGCUUGGACUCGAGUCUUGCCCCGUUCUGUUUGUGCAUGUUGUCUGAAAUGUUGAGAAGAAGAACUGUUUGU